AUGGCGGAAAAUUCCCUAGAAGCGCAACAGGAGAAGCAGACACCACCACCGACACUAUCAUCAGAUCAUCAGUCGGGAAAAUCUCAAAAUCUCGUUGAAUCCAAAACCGAGGUCAAACCAGGUCCUCCAGGUCCUCCAGAGGGCCCAGCGGGUCCAGGUGAUGGUGGUAUGGGUCCCCCGGUUGAGUAUCCAAAGGGUCUCAAGCUCUACUCGAUCAUCGUUCCUCUUUACUUUACAGCCUUUCUUACCGCGCUGGAUCGCACCAUCAUCGUGAACGCCAUUCCUAGUAUCACGAAUCAAUUCAACUCCAUCGGUGAUAUUGGCUGGUACGGUAAUGCAUAUUUGUUGACCUUUUGCGCCUUUCAACUACUCUUUGGGAAGAUUUACUCUUUCUAUAAUCCAAAAUGGGUAUUUGUGAGCGCCGUGGUCAUCUUCGAAAUCGGGUCUGCUAUCUGCGGUGCCGCGCCCAAUUCGACAGCCCUGAUCAUUGGUCGAGCGAUCGCGGGUCUGGGAGCAUCUGGGAUCUUCGCUGGUAGUGUGAUCAUCACCUUCUUCACUGUCCCAUUACACCUACGGCCCAUCUUCUCAGGCAUUGUCAGCGUCGUAAUUGCCCUGGCAUCCGUCACUGGCCCAUUGAUUGGUGGUGGUUUCACGGAACAUGUUACCUGGCGCUGGUGCUUCUACCUCAACCUGCCCGUUGGCGCAGUAGCCAUAGUGGUGAUCAUGCUGGUGCUCAAGAUGCCUCCGGCGCGCAAGACCGGAACCCCUAUACGCGAGCAAGUUUUGCAGAUGGACCCGCUGGGAAAUCUAUGCCUGAUGCCGGGGGUAGUGUGUCUAAUGCUUGCUCUGCAAUGGGGCGGGGAGACCUAUCGCUGGAAUAGUGGACGCAUUAUUGCUCUUUUAGUUCUGGCAGGAGUGUUGCUGCUGGCCUUCAUUGGAAUUCAGAUCUGGCUUCCGGACACCGCCACCAUUCCACCCCGGAUCAUGAAGCAGCGCAGUAUUGCCGCCGGAGUUGUCUUUACCCUAAUGGUCACUGGAGCGAUGAUGACUUUCAACUACUACCUGCCAAUUUGGUUUCAAGCCAUCAAGUCUGCAUCUCCAGUCCACUCAGGUACCAUGAUGUUACCCACAGUCACCUCGUCUGCAGCUGCCAGUCUCAUAUCAGGUUUCCUAAUCAAUCGUAUUGGCCACUACACGCCGUUCAUGAUCGGCGGAUCAGUGCUUAUGUCUAUUGGGGCCGGUCUUAUGACAACCUUCACCCCGCAUAUGAACGAAGGCAAAUGGAUCGGCUACCAAAUCCUUUGGGCGGCUGCAUGUGGAAUGAGCAUGCAACAAGCGUCUUUGGCUGCUCAAGCCGUCCUCCCGCAUCCAGAUGCUCCGAUUGGGAUCUCCUUGAUGAUUUUCGCGCAGUCGUUGGGCGGUUCUGUAUUCCUCGCUGUGGACCAGGCCAUAUACAGCAACAAACUAUCAGCCAACAUUGGUGAUAUCGCCAGUGUGACUGCUAGCGGAGUAACGAGUAUUCAAGAUCAUGUGAGCCAUCAAGACCUGCCACGGUUUUUGACUGGAUACAAUAGGGCGAUAAUGGACGUGUUUCGCGUGGCUUUGGCGGCUUCUUGCGCAUGUGUUAUGGCUUCUAUUCUUAUGGAGUGGAAGAACAUAAAGACUGAAAAGGAUAGCAUGGGAAAGCCGGCUGGCCUGGGCGGCCCUGGAUCAGGGGGUCCGCGAAUCUCCACGGAUGCUAUUACUGUCAUUCUCCGGUCCCUGGUGGAGGAUGAGGGGAAAGACGUUGUGCUCUUUAUGCACUCAUAUGGUGGCAUACCCGGUGCCGCGGCGGCUACCGGGCUAGCCAAAUCGCAGCGGGCGCAAGAGGGCAAAGCAGGUGGCGUUAUUGGACUGCUGUUCCUGGGGGCCUUCCUUGUGCCCGAAGGCCUCAGUUGUGCUGGCCUUCAGGGCGGAAACCUGCCCCCUUGGAUUUUGGUCAAUCAGCCCUCGGCAAAUCUCAAUGUCGCGGAUGACACUAUCAACAACUUUGCUGCCGAUGUCGAUCUGGCCUUGGUCCAGUCCCUGACCGCAGAACUCAAACCGCAUUCGACUUUAUCUUUCACCACGCCCCAGCCCCAUCCGGCCUGGGCAGAUAAGACGUUUCAAGGGAGGUUGGCGUUUAUCGUCACCACCGAGGAUCGUGCGGUGCCAAAGGAGGCGCAGUUUGGCAUGAUGGCCUCCACGCAGAAGGCGUGGAUCGUCAAGGAACUGGGAUCCAGUCACUGCGCGCCAUUCCUUAAUCGGAUCGAUGAAACAGUGGGACUGACCCGGGAGAUCAUUGACCAACUUCUAUAA